GCCGCCGUCGUCGGGCCUGCCGCCGCCGCCGGGGCGGCAGGACUCGGACGACUCGGAGGAGGACUCGGACCGGGCCAUGCCCGACCUGGUGGAGGUGGCGCACCACCUGCCGGGCCGCGUGAAGCGGGCCGAGCUGCGCUCCAUCCGCAGUCAGCUGCAGCGCGGCAUGAGCGACGAGCAGCGCCGCCAGGAGAGACAGGUGGAGCGGGACCAGAUGGCCGCCAUACUGGACCUGAUGCAGAAGAACAGCGACAAGUUCGGCAGCCCGUCGCUGGACGACAUGCAGUCGCAGCUGAAGCUCUACAUGUGAGCUGCGCGCCCGCUCCGGUCCUCCGUGCGGGAUGUACACCCGCCCCGGCCGGAUCUCCGCGCGGGAUGUACACCUGCCCCGGUGGGAUCUCCGCGCGGGAUGUAUGCCCCGGCCGGAUCUCUGGAUCUCUCGGGAUGCCCCGGCCGGAUCUCGGUGUGGGAUGUACACCUGCCCCGGCCGGAUCUCCGCGCGGGAUGUAUGCCCCGGCCGGAUCUCUGGAUCUCCGCGCGGGAUGUACCCCGCCCCGGCCGGAUUUCCGCGCGCGAUGUACCCGCCCCGGUCGGAUCUCGGUGUGGGAUGUACCCCCGCCAUCUACGGCUCGUGCUGUGAGCGGCGGGACACUGUUCGCUGGAGAUAACGUGCUCCCCCAUCCCACCCCAUCCCUACACCCCCGGUGAAGCCCGUGACGCGGCCGCUGCUGGGGCGGUGUCGAUGACGCACCUGUGCACGAGUCUCUGUGUCUGAGAUGAAGUGCACGAGUCUCUGUGUCUGAAGCGUAUGGCUGAACGGAAUAGAUAUGCAAGGCAUUGACUCCACGCAAGCUAUCGGUUCAAAGUCCUGUAGGCCAGUCAGUGUCCUUCCGUUUCGCGGCUGUUUUAAGUGCUACGGGCAAGUCAUUUCAGCUUAGGGAUAACUUUAUUUAAACGUCUGUGAUAUGGAUUAUAUAAUGUCAUGGCUAGGCUUGCGUGCAGACAUGUAUUCGUGUUUUUGUCUUAGCACAGCUUACCGUGCAUUAUUAUGUACUAUGCUAUCGUUGUUAGCUAUGUUCAGUGAUUUGUGUUAUUGCUAGCUUCACAUAUGAGCACUUCACUUCUAGUCAAGUUGCUGCGUGAGCAGUGAUGUACAAACAGGGUGUCCACGGGAGAAAAACUGCCCAGCUUUCAGACUAUCCGGGAAGGGGCUGGGGAAGUACAGGUGUUCCUGUACUUAACGUUUUUUUGUUCUGGCACGUAGCUGAGUGGACUGAUGCGUAUUUGUCACAUUUAAGGCGGUCAGUCCCGCAGCGUGGAUUGAGACAUAGCACAUGACAUGCUUUUCAUUGAAUAGGCCAGGAAGGGGAUGCGUGGUUUUAACCAGUGCUUGCCUAUUUCUAUUCAGCGGGCUUUAUUGCUGAAAAAGUGGUCCGAAGAUUCAGUGCCAUGACGUGUCGCCUGUGUAAGCGCUUGAUGGUCGUGGCCGUCAAAGGACCACAUCGUGUGAUGCUAGUUGGCGCCACGCCGCCCGUUGGCUUUUGGCGGAGCGUUGUUGCGUUGAACGUUGUGUGGUGUCGCGUCUGGCGAUUACGUAGCGAUCUCCCCCAUAUGCUUAAUGAGCGAUGGUCAGAUGGGUAAGAUGUCAUCAUUAUCUGGACAACAUAGCGUGAUCCGCGUGUGUGU